AUGCGUACCUACGACGAUACCUUCAGCGCCACCAAAAUCUACCCGGGCAAGGGCAAGCUCUACGUCCGUGGUGACAGCAAAAUCUUCCGAUUCCAAAAUGGCAAGACCGAAUCUCUUUUCCUCCAGCGCAAGAAUCCUCGAAGAAUAGCAUGGACUAUGCUUUACCGAAGACAGCACAAAAAGGGUAUUUCAGAGGAAGUCGCCAAGAAACGAACCCGCCGCACCGUCAAGCACCAACGUGCCGUCGUGGGAGCCUCGCUUGAUGUGAUCAAGGAACGCCGCACACAACGACCGGAGACCCGCGCCGCCGCUCGCCAGGCCGCCAUCAAGGAAGGCAAGGACAAGAAGGCCGCCGCUGAGUCCAAGAAGAAGGCCGAGAAGGCAAAGACCGCUGCCAGCGCCGCCCGUGGCCAGGCCCGUGGUGGUAUCGCUUCGAAGCAAGGUGCCAAGGGUGCCCAGAGCAAAGUCCAAGCCAACACCAGAUAA